AUGUUGCAGAGUUAUCUUCUGACAAACGUAACUCAGAAAGAGAUCGACGUUCUGGAAAACCACAUGAAGGAAGGAAGGCUUCUAGCUAAGGUCUACAGGGCGUUGUACUUUUUGGUGGUUCUGUUCUAUGCUCUGUUUCCAUUUUUGGACAAUCGAUCUGGGGAAAGUCACAAAUUUCCUUUAACUUGCUGGUUCCCCUUUGAUGAAACUAAGUAUUACUACCAAGUAUUUUUUUUGGAGAUUCUAAGUAUAGCCGUUGGGGCGUGGAUCAAUUUCAACAUCGAUUUAUUGACUGUCAUGAUGUGUGUAUUAGCGACGGCUGAAUUUGAGGUUUUGAGGAAUAGAUUGGCUACUAUUUUACAACCCCUGUCUACAUCUGCAAGUGUCGACGGAGAUGCAGUGGUAAAGAUAAAGUUAAGGGAUUGUGUGAGUUACUUUGAUAUCCUUCAGCAGCAUGCAGUUCCUUUUACUAAUAGUAUACUUCUCGUGCAUAUGUGUCAGGUGGCCAUGUACUGCUGGUACGAACAUACCGUCAUGGAGAGUAGUGACAAGAUUAGGGACGCUUGCUACUUAGCUGAGUGGAAUGGAUCCGAUUUGACUGUUCAGAAGUCCCUGGUUAUGAUAAUGGAAAUGGCCAAGAGACCUGCGAUACUUAGGGCUGGGAAUUUCUUUGAAUUGAACAUACCAACACUGAUGAAG